AUGAAAUAAGAGGAUUCUCAGUCACCCAGUCUUUGUGGGUACAUCAACUUCUUUCAAGUCUUGGGAGAUAUGGAAUCAGAGGGCCUAAUCACGCAAUAGGAGAAAAGGAUCAUCAAGCAGAAGAUAACCGUCAAAGAACCCUCUCUCAUGCUGCUAUUGUCUCAAUAGUAGGAGGAAACACAAAUCAAAUCCGAAUUGCUCUCGUACUUGUCUUCUUUUCAGCUCACUCGUUCUAAGUCGCACACUCAGGAAUUUGGUUCAUCCAAAAAACAGGGACAACAAUUACAAACUCAAACCAUCCAACUUAUGGAUCAACUGAUCAUCCAACUAAAAUGCAUGCAGCAAUAUGCCAAUCAACAGGUAAUUGUGUUUCGGCUAUUAGUCCAUUAGGCCACCCAAGAAUUCAACUCAAAAAUUGAACAACUCAGAAAUGUACUCAACUCAUUGGAUCAAGACGAAGACGUCGAUUGCACCUUCAUUGAACUACUCCAAUCGAAUUAUUCACUGAUAAAGCAAAGGUAUUCUCGUUACAUGAAUUCACUUCUUGAAUUGAUGGAUGAGAAAGUCGAACCCAAAGAUAUCCAAGCAUUCCUCAACACCUUCCUCAAUCAACUCAUCGGGUGCGAAUCCUACAGCUUCAUCCUCCUCAAAGAUCAGAAGGUUCAGAUUCAUUACGAGGAGAAGUUUGAAGAGUUCCCCAUCACCAAAGAUGUCAUAGACGAACUUGUUAAUUUGCAACAAAUAACUGAAGUCCACUCCCUCAACACACUCAAACACUACUACCAAACUCCCCAUCAUUACAUACUCAAACUCACCGAUUACCAGUAUUUUGUUAUGCAAUUGGAUCCAAACUUCAAGUCCUUUGUUACUUUAUCCAACAAGUACAAUUACACUGACUCCUUAAUCGAAUUGGCUCAAUUUGUAAUAUACACCUCUCAACAGAUCAAAGUCCAAUACUUCAGCAUAUUGUCCAUUGGAGACACAAUACUGGAGUUUGGUCUGGAGAUUGUGAGAUGCUCCAAGUAUUUACUCAUCGAAAACAUACUCCAAACCAUCAAUAAACAAUACUAGAUCCACGAAAUUGCUGAGAAUCAACCCAACGUGGUCACCCUCAAAUUUAAGGACUCCUCCUCCUCAUUCCUCUUUGCCUCCAAUCUAGAUCUCAAGAAGCAGCAAGACUUGCUAGUUUACAACACUGUCAAUCAAGUUUAUCAACGAUACCAAUAGUUCAUUAAAUAGUGUUACGAAAGAAUGCAAUUCUACAAGUACUUCUUGAGAUCCAAAAACCUAUUCAUGAUUGAUUUCGACAAGCAGGGUCGUCUGCGUUUUUUGAGCAGAGCUUUGUCACAAAAGAUCAAAACUCAAUUUCACAUUGAGAAGAUCCAAAUCGAUUCGACUUACAAAUAGAUAUUCACAUCCAAUCAGCAGAUGCUUCAAAGCAUUGAAAACUACAUCAGCAAUGCAAAGUGGAAACUAACUUAGUAAGAGGAGGACUAGAAUAAGCAAUACGAAAUAUUCAUAAGAAAGGAGGAGAAGCAAUUUAAGGGAUUCUCCUUAAUCCUGUUAGAGAACGAAUGGGUUCGGAAGAAGACCCUGCCUCCUACGAAUGGAAAGACUGUUAGGAAACAAUUGCUAUAGACAGAGACCAUGGAUUACAUCAAAAAACUGGAAGAAUUUAACCCUGACAUCAGAAAUUCUGUAGUUGCUAUGUACAUGCCUUAGACGUAGGAGUUCAAUCAAACAGCGUUGCAAUCUCAGAAGACCCCCACUUUGGUUUUCCGAAAGAUUGAUAAGGGAUAGGUUGUGGGAAAGAAUAGUUUCUUUUUUAAGCAACGAGAGGAGGAGAGGAGAUUUAUGAAAACAAAUCCAAAUAAACUUAAUGAGUGUCAUUUGAUUCUCAAGGAGGAGGACAAUCAAUUAGACUCUCUGGAGUUCAACAUUCAUUUACUUAAAUCUGCAAUCGAGAAAUAAAGAAUAGUGUGGGCAAUGCUGGAAAGAAACAAUUUUAAUUAGAUCUUUGCAUUGCCUCAAGAAAAGAUGAUAAACUUUUUGAUUGAAAUGGAAAAUCAAUACAAUAUGAAUAACAACCCUUAUCACAACUUUGAUCAUGGAGUUGCAGUCAUGCAAGCAGUAAAUUGCUUCAUCAAAUAAUUGUCAAAACAAUUAGAUCAAUAAUUUUUCAAUAAUAUGACUAAGUUUUGCCUAUUGUUGUCAGCCUUGUGUCAUGAUGUUGCUCACACGGGUAAGACCAAUGCAUACGAAGCCAAUUCGUUGAGUCAGUUGGCAAUUCGCUACCAUGACAAAGUGAUCCUGGAACAACAUCAUGCCGCAACAACCAUCAAAAUCUUGAGAGAUAGUUAGACGAAUAUUCUCUGCAACUUUUCUGAUUAGGAUUUCAGAACCUUUAGGAAGUAACUCAUUUCCAACAUCUUGUCCACUGAUAUGCAAGAGCACUUCAAGAUGCUGAAGGAAUUCGAAUCCAGAGUAGAAUAAUAUGGCAAUGAUCCUGAGGAUUUGUCUUUGUUAUGUGGGAUGGUCACCCAUGCGGCUGAUUUUAAUGGCACUGCGAGGAAAUGGCCGUAGAGUAGAUUGUGGAGUGAGAAGAUCAAUUAAGAAUAUCGGGCUUAGUAUGCUGAGGAAGGGAAGUAAGGAUAUCCUUAGUAGCCGUUCAUGAAGGAUUUGGAUAAGUUGCAUGUGAUGUCUAAAAAUGAAAUUGGAUUCAUCAAAGUGAUAGUGAGGCCAUUGUAUCAUCAGUUGAACUUGUUUGGCAAAGGGGCAUUUUAGGAUUGUGUGGAUAAUUUGGACGAAACCAUUUUUGAAUGGGAGAAGGUAUACUAGUAAGAGUUGAAGGCAUUACAACAAUAGCAAUAGGGUAAUUGA